AUGGUAUCGUUCUUUUCAUGUUUCAGUGGAUCCCGCCGGCGGGAAAGACAGAUUCUAGCAAAGAGAGAAGAAGCAGCACAAAAUCUUGAUCGGCUGCCAUCAUGGACAGCACCAGACAACACGUUAAUCCUGCAAGCAUUUGAAUGGCAUGUACCUGCCGAUCACCGCCAUUGGCUUCGCUUGAAAUUAGCAUUGCCAGAAUGGAAAUCUAUUGGCGUUGACCAGAUCUGGAUCCCCCCCCGGCUGCAAGGGGAUGGAUCCUCGUGGCAAUGGGGAGCCAUCUCAACGAAGUGGGGCAGUCGCAUGGAACUCGAAGAGUUGAUGCGCCACGCGCAUCAUCUGGGGAUUGGUGUGAUUUGGGAUGCUGUUCUCAAUCACAAGGCCGGAGCGGAGUAUCCGGAACAAUUCAAUGCGGUUGCAGUAGAUCCGAAGCAACGAAACAAAGAAAUAUCCAAACCUUUGGAGAUACAUGGCUGGACCGGCUUUGAUUUCCCCGGUCGCGGGGAAAGGUACAGCUCCAUGAAAUAUCACUGGCAACAUUUCAGUGGCGUCGACUGGGAUGACAAGGGAAAGAAGCAACAGAUUUACAAAAUCCUUGGGCCCAACAAGGAUUGGGCAUCAGAUGUUUCUGAUGAAAAUGGGAAUUACGAUUAUCUUAUGUUCGCUGAUCUUGACCAUUCGCAUCCUGAUGUUCAGGAGGAUCUAUUGCACUGGGGAACCUGGAUCACGAAAUCCCUUUCCCUCAGUGGGAUGAGACUCGAUGCCGCCAAGCACUUCUCGACGCGAUUUCAAAAAGCAUUCGUCGAGCACGUCCGGGAGAAUGCGAACCCCAACUUUAUCGUGCUGGGCGAGUACUGGACGGGGAACGUAUCGGCUAUUCACGACUACCUGGAGAAGGUGAACCACCAGACCAUGGCUUACGAUGUGCCUCUUUUGAUAAAGUUCUCUGAGCUUUCGCAUACUCGAAAUCCAGACCUUCGCGGGAUUUUCGAUGGUACAUUGGUACAGACCAAGCCGGAUAACGCCGUGACAUUUGUUGCCAACCAUGAUACGGCUGAGCCUGAUCUAAGUCACUGUGACUUGGGCCACUGCGCAAAUUUGCUGACCCCUGUUAUAGCAAGUAGGGCAAAUGCUGGAGCCUUGGGGGGUUACUUCGAAGGAUCGGCCAAGCUAACGAUGCGUCAGACCCCAGUCGCCUCAUCAUUCAAGCUGCUGGCCUAUGCACUGAUCCUCCUUCGAAAAGGGGGUCAACCUUGUAUUUUCUACGGAGAUGUAUACGGAAUCCGAGCUAAUGUCCAGGAUCCAAUGACCCGAGCGUGUGAUGGGAAGCUCCCAAUUUUGAGCCAAGCACGGAAGCGAUACGCAUAUGGCGAACAGGAAGAUUACUUCGACCAAGCCAAUUGCAUCGGGUUCGUCCGCCACGGCAAUGCCUAUCACCCCGGACUCGCGUGUGUUCUCAGCAGUGGUGGGCCCAGCAAGAAACGCAUGUUUAUUGGUCGACAGUACGCCAGUACAGAGUGGACUGAUAUCCUGGGGUAUCAUAGCGCAUCUGUUCUCAUCGAUAAAAGGGGCUAUGGUAAUUUCCCUGUCAAGGCUAUGAGUGUUAGUGUAUGGGUUAGCGCGGUCGCUGUCGAGCAAGAUAACCUACAACAGGACUUCAAUGUAAACAUUUACGACUACUAG